ACGGUGGUGGGUCGGAGCCGCUGUGUCCCCGGUCUGGCACGUUCCUAGCUAAAUUCUCCACGGUGUAAGAUUGGAUCCCCCUCCCCAAUUUGAUAACCCCCCCCAAAAAUAACACCUCUUCAACCCCCCGCAUCCGUUUCUCAUUUGCGUUUAGCUUACAUCCCCAAAUCUUUACUAGAUACAUUGGAAGAUGGCGGUUGUAAGCGGGAUGUCAGGGUCGGCGGUAGCCCGGCUGGAGGGCCGAGAAUUCGAGUAUCUGAUGAAGAAAAGGUCGGUGACCAUCGGCCGAAACUCUUCUCAGGGCUCAGUAGACGUCAGCAUGGGACAUUCCAGCUUCAUAUCCCGGCGGCACCUUGAAAUAUUCACUGCCGGAGAAGACGGUACUGGCACGGGGGAAUUCUAUCUCAGGUGCCUUGGAAAAAACGGGGUAUUUGUUGAUGGGGUGUUCCAGAGAAGAGGGGCUCCACCUCUCCAGCUUCCAAGAAUGUGCUGCUUUCGCUUCCCCAGCACAAGUAUAAAAAUCACAUUUACCGCCCUGUCUAACGACAAGAGGGAGCCAAGGAACGUGCCGGAAUCACCGGUCAAGCCUGUCCAGCCCCAGAUAUCCCCACUGACCAUUAACAUUCCCGAUAACAUUGCCCACCUCAUGAGCCCACUGCCAUCACCUACUGGCACCAUCAGUGCCGCAAACUCUUGUCCAUCCAGUCCACGGGGGGCAGGGCUUUCCAGCUACAGGACGAGCCGAGUCCUCGCCUCGGACCUCAUAGGAGACAACUCCCAAUCGGAAAACGACAAGGAGGCGUCAGGCGAAGACAGCCCAAAGGAUGACUCCAAACCCCCCUACUCGUACGCCCAGCUAAUAGUCCAAGCUAUCACGAUGGCUCCAGAUAAGCAGCUAACACUGAAUGGAAUAUACACCCAUAUUACAAAGAACUACCCCUACUACAGAACAGCUGAUAAAGGCUGGCAGAACUCAAUCCGCCACAACCUGUCAUUGAACCGAUACUUCAUCAAAGUGGCCCGCUCCCAGGAGGAGCCUGGAAAGGGCUCCUUCUGGAGAAUCGACCCCGCCUCCGAGGGCAAGCUCAUCGAACAAGCCUUCAGGAAACGCAGGCCCCGGGGGGUGCCCUGCUUCCGGACGCCAGUCGGGCCUCUGUCUUCCAGGAGUGCCCCGGCUUCUCCCAACCACACGGGGGCGCUGUCUGCCCACUCCAGCGGGGUCCAGACCCCGGACAGCCUGUCCAGAGAGGGCUCCCCGGUGCCCCUGGAGCCCGAGCCUACCCCACCACCUCCACCACCCACCACAGUCCAGCCCAAACUCGCAGUUAUUCAAGAGGCCCGCUUUGCACAGAGCUCCCCAGGCUCCCCCCUCGGCAACCAGCCCGUCCUCAUCGCCGUGCAGCGCCAGCUGCCCCAGACCACCAUGAAGCCCGUGACCUACGCCGUGGCGGCGCCGGGCAUCGUGACCACGGCCGUCACCUCGGCGCCCGUCAUGCAGACGGUGCACGUCGUGCGCCAGAUCCCGGCCGUCACCGUGGCCACCGUGGGCGGCGGCCAGCCCCCUUCGGCGGCCGGCCCGCCACCUCAGGAGAACGGAGAUGGCGAGCACAAGGAGGUCAAAGGUGAAGCGGCGGGCCGCAGACACGGAGUAAAAGUGGAGCCGGUCCCAUCCAUCGCGGCCUCGUCCAUAGGCGGGGUCAGCCGCCUCAUCCAGAGCUCUCAGGCUCCGCCCCUGACAACCGUCACCAUCGUCCAACAGGCGCCGCUGGGCCAGCACCAGCUCCCGAUAAAGGCCAUCACACAGAACGGGACGCAUCUGGUGCCCAUCAGCACCGCCGCCAACCCAGGUGACACA